CUAUGUUGCAUAUAAAUACUGGUGUUUAGCGGGGAAUCCCACACAGAGAGACUUGCCAUCAAUGCCAUAACCAGCUCGCUGCCAGAGCCAGUGAUCAGCUGUUCUUGUGCGUGGAAAGGUCUGGUUUCACUCGACAGAACAUACUAUAGCAUGGAUCGAGCUACACACUUAAAUCCUAAUUCCGAAGGAAGAGGGGCAUAUAGAGGACAUCCAGUAAAUCAAAACAACAUGACGAACAGCGAGCAAACGAAUGAAUUGUAUUGUGAGAAUAACUCACCUAGUACUUCAAACCCUCAGAACCAGCCAACACAUGCUGAUGGAUACACCAAGAUACCACCAAAUGAAUCAAAAAGGAGCAAAUUGCAGAGGAUUGCACAGGAAGAAGAGGAGAAACUGAGGAGAUGGAAAGAGGAGAAUCGCCCUGGUCCCAUUCAGCUGGCUCCAGAGAGACUAGGUGGAGCAGUAUCACUGUCAGAAGUCAGACAGAGACAGCAGGAAGAAUCACGCCAGUCAAAGCUGAGAAAAAAGCUUCAAAAAGAGGAAAUGGAUAAAAAGAAGAGACAGGCAGAGGAGGAGGAGUAUGAGAAGAUGAAGGCCAUGCAACGAGAGAAGGCCAAUAAACUAGAGAUGAGGAAAAAGCAAGAAGAAAAACACAGACAGAAUCUGUACCAACACGACAAGCAAAGUAAAACAGAGGAGUUUCUUCAAAGAAUUGAGAGGUCCAGCAGUAGCGUUUCUAUGGCAGCAGGCAAUUCCAUACCAGCAUCAUCUUGGGCUAAAUAUCAUGAGUACAAGGAAGCCAUAAGAGAAGAGGAGAUCGCUGACCUGCUUAAGAAGAAAGAGGAGCAGAGGAGAAAGGCAGAGAUUUUGGAGGAACAACAAAAACAACAGGAGGAGGACAGGAAGAGCCUGACUGGAGCUGACCAUCGGCGGGUGAACAUGGCCUUCCUAGACCGUCUGGAGGCGAGCAGUUUAGGUAGGGUGCCUAAACCCGUGACCCAAGCCCCUGAAAGCAGUAAUGUCUGUCUGGAUGAUGAUGAUGAUGAUGACAAACCACAGGAUUCCACCCUAUCCACAGUGCCCAACCCAUCACAGGUCCACACAGAAAGUGCAGAGGAGGAUGAUCAUGAUUAUAUGUGGACCCUACUGGAACUCCAGAAAAGGUUUCCAUACUAUGACCCAGAUAUGCUGGAGGAGAUCGUCACACAGUGCAAUGGCAAUUACCAGAAAGCAUAUGAGCUGCUUGAUGUGUGAAAACUUUGUCGUUUUGAUUGAUCCCAAUGUUGUUUUGUGAGUAAAUCAUUUUUGGGUGAACUGUGCCUUUAAUUAAAGAAGGUGGUGAGCCCUAACUUUGUGUCCUUUGAACUGAAACAAAAACUUAUUUUUUAGUUUGUGCAGUUAUUUUUCCUUUGACAUGAAAUGGACUUACACUUAGUCACAGAGAAAAGAAAUCAAAACAAUAAAUCAAGAUUUGAGUCUGCUGUGGGGACAUUUAUGGAUCCCAUGAGUA